CAUAUAGUGCACAGUUAACAAUGAUGAAAUCUUGAAAUGAAGAGCACAGGCUCCCUGUUUGCUGUGAAUGUGUACUAUUAUUAUUAUCUACAACUACUUUUUGAGAGUUGUUCCAAUUUUUCCAUAUGAUUCAAAUCCUGUGUGCUGCAAUUCUGCUAUGUUCUGGGUGGUGCUUCACAAAUGGCCUGAUUCAUGGAUUCCUUAGGGGGGGUUAACCUUCUUACUUCUAGAGAUAGAGAGAGAGAGAGCCCCCCCAUACCCCUUAUGAGAGUCAGUUAGAUUGCUUGAGAUUGUUUAUUGAAAGAGGUCUAGUGAAUUUGAUGGGUUGACUGUAGCACAUGGCAGGCCUUUCAAAGAGUUUUAUUUCAUUUCAGUUCUACAGGCAACUCUAAUUGAACGGUUUACUCCCCUUUGUGGAAACUUCAGCAGCUUAGCUCGUCGGGGCAAAUCUCCUUUGGCAAUUUCCUUACAAAGUUAUUUUAAUAUUCUAGGGCAGAUCUCCUUUGGCAUCGUGGGUUAAACCUUCUCAGGAAAUUACUACUUUCUGCAAGAGAGUUUGCUAAUCCAGAGCAGGUUUUACUGGGCACUUCUCCUUUGGCAUUACUAGAUCUUUGUGCUUAUGAAGAUUCAUCUAUCGAAUAUAUCAACUGGAUGAUCAUUGCAUGGUGCAAUUCAUCCGUUUGAACUGUUGAACUUGGACAUGUUAUUGUGCAGAAGUUCACAAGUUCAAGGGCACUUCUCCUUUGGCAAAAGUACAUUUACUAGUCAUUUGUGGGGCACUGCAAGGACUAGUACCUUCAGUUUUUUUUCUCUCUACUGGAAACAAGAGGCUCUCUUCUGGUGUUGAUCACUUGACUUUCAGGGUAAACAUUGAAUGCUAUGUUCAGGAGGCGAUUGACCCUUAAAAGAGACAUAUGCGAAGUUGAAUUCGGGAAACAUUUCUUGGCAUAUUCUAAUUGGAGGGAAUUAGUGGACCUUCAUUCUGUUUUAAAUGUCAACAAGGAUUCACUGGGCAGAACCAAGCACAUUAAGAGAGCAAAAUAAUUUGAUCAACAUGGUUUUUGGUGAUUUUCAUUACGAGAGCUAUUCAAGCAGCAGUGACAGUGAGGAUCACAAUGAUCUUGAAUCCCUAUACAGUGGAUAUGCUCAGAGUAUCUUGUCCUGCUUGGACGAGAGCAUUGAAAAGAUUGAUGAUUUUCUUUCAUUUGACCAAGGCUUCUCUCAUGGUGAUAUAGUCUACUAUGUCAUGGACCCAUCUGGACAGACAGGCAGAGUGGUUGAUGUCAAUAUCAUUGUAGACUUGGAAACUAUGUCGGGAGAAAUUCUAAAAGAUGUAAAUGGGAAGGAGCUAGUAAGGGUUAUGCCCUUUGCAGCUGGUGAUUUUGUUAUCCAUGGGCCAUGGCUUGGAAAGGUGGAAAGAGUGGUUGAUCUCGUCACUGUUCUGUUUGAUGAUGGUGCAAAAUGUGCCAUUACUGGGGCCAAUCCCAAGAAUCUUGUACCCAUUUAUAACAAUUUACUCGAAGAUGCACAGUUCCCUUACCAUCCAGGUCAGCGUGUGCAGAGCAUGCUUCCCUCAGUUUUCAAAAAUGCAAAAUGGUUGUGUGGUGCAUGGGACAUGAACCAUGAUGAAGGGAUGGUGUGCGAAGUUAAUGUGGAUUCAGUUUAUGUAAAGUGGGUUGCCUCCAUUGUGGCUAGUUACUUCAGUUCUCUCAAACCCCCAUGCCUGCAGGACCCAAAAAAUUUGACACUUUUGUCUAGCUUCUGGCAUGAUAAUUGGCAGCUUGGUGACUGGUGUAAUCUCCGAAGCCAUUCAAGUUGUGAUUAUGAUUCAACAAAGGAAAGCAUAGAAGAAAAGGUCAAGAGUGAGUGCUUCUUAGCUUAUAAUUCUGAAAAUGAUCCAUUGGUCAUGAGACAGCAUGAUUCUAAUGGGGGGUUUGCCUUUGGUUUGAAAUCAGGAAGCAAAAUAGGCAAAGGACCACUAAAUGGUGAUUAUGAUUAUGAACAAGCUUUGAUUAUUGUGAAGAGGAGGACAAAGGUUGAUGUCAUUUGGCAAGAUGGGAAGCAUACUGCAGGCAUAGAUUCACAGAACCUGCUGCGAAUAAGUGACAUCAGUGAUCAUGAGUUCUGGCCUGAGCAAUUUGUGUUAGAGAAGGGUACUGAUGAGGAUGGACAAGAUUCUAUUGAUAAACGAGCAGGGGUUGUCAAAAAUGUGGACACAGAGGAGAGAACUGCGAGAGUGAUAUGGCUGAAUCCAGAGCUUAGUAAUGGAUCAUGCAAUUCAAACAACACAUUUGGUAAAGAAGAAGUAGUGAGUGUGUACGAAUUGGUUGAGCAUCCAGAUUAUUCCUAUUGCCCAGGAGAAAUUGUAUUUAAAUUGAUACCUUAUUCAGAGGCUUUAAAAGGAUCCUCUUCCAUUGUCAGAGCUAAUGGGCAGAACCAAAGCUUGGGAAUAUCAAAACUUGCUAAGCAAGUGAUAGUUUCUUCUGAACUAUCCGAGUGUUGCUGGCAGCUCGACAAAAGCUAUUUAACUCAUAUCGGAAUUGUUGUUGGAAUCAAAGAUGGAAGCAUUGAGGUUGCUUGGGCUAGUGGCGAUAAUUCUAAGGUUGGUCCUCAUGAAAUUGUGGGCAUUGAUCGACAUGAAGAUUUAUCUUCAACCCCAAUACUGUGUGAGGAUGACUAUGAGAAGAACACUGGUAAAGGGAUGCUUGAUUUCGAGAAAUAUCUUGACCAUAAAGAAGAAAAAAAGGAUGUGAUGGGUUCCGGUCAAGAUCGCAUAAAAGAUGCUUGGAGUAGUAGUGCACUAUUGUUUCCUCGGACUGCCUUUGGAUUUCUCACCAACAUUGCAAGCAGUCUGUUUGGCCAUCGAGGUUCGACUUCCUUGUCGAGCACGAAAUCGCUGCAAAUUGAGAACAUCGAUAAUAGUUGUAGCGUCCGGGAAGAAGAUUCUCUUCUGCAAAGUGGUAGUGAGUUCAGCAAAUUCCACCAAGCGGAGGAUGUGGAGUGCUGGGAUCCGAAGAUUAAAGUAGGCAUUCUCAGUGUUAAGCCACAGGUUCCGAGACAACAAAGUUUAGAAAUGGAAAUCGAUAAAAAGGACCAAGGGCAAGAUGGGUUUGAGAUAUUCAUCUCACUCAGACAAUUUGAUACUGUCAGUGAUUAUUCCGAUCACCAUUUCAUUGAUGGGCUGGAUAAAGGACAGAAUGUAUCUCAGAUGAAAAGAAGUUGGAUAAAGAAGGUGCAUCAAGAAUGGACCAUCCUGGAGAAAGGUUUACCAAAUACUAUCUAUGUGAGAGCUUAUGAAGACAGGAUGGAUCUUUUUCGGGCAGCCAUUGUUGGAGCGGCUGGGACACCAUACCAUGAUGGUCUCUUUUUUUUUGAUAUUGCACUCCCAGCUGACUAUCCUUAUCAACCACCUUCAGUGCACUACCACUCUGGAGGACUACGGUUAAACCCAAACCUAUAUGAGUCGGGGAAGGUGUGCCUCAGCCUUCUCAAUACUUGGUCGGGCUCUGAAACUGAAGUAUGGAAGCCUGAUAGCUCAACCCUUCUCCAAGUCCUCAUCUCUCUACAGGCACUCGUGCUCAACUCCAAGCCCUACUUCAAUGAGGCAGGAUAUGAAACUUAUGUUGGGAAGGCUGAAGCUGAAAAGAAUUCUCUUUCCUACAAUGAGAAUGCAUUCCUUCUCUCCUGCAAAUCCAUGCUUAAUGUGCUCCGGAAACCACCUAAGCAUUUUGAGCAACUUGUCAAGGUCCAUUUCCAGGUUCGAGCAAAGUCUAUUCUUGAUGCAUGCCAAUCCUACAUGGACGGUGCCAAGGUUGGGUCAUGUGGCUUGACUGGGGCAAACAAGAGUAGCUCAGCUGGUUUUAAGAUGAUACUCUCAAAGCUUUUCCCCAAGCUUGUAUCGGUUUUUGCCAGCAAGGGAGCUAUAGAUCCUCAGUUGUUCCUCGAAAACACCGGAGAAGAAUCUACUCAACCAUCUUUGAGUCCAUGAUGUUUAUGUGUGCAUGUGUAACUUCUGGAUCCCUAAGACCGAACGUCAUUUUAUAAGUAUUCAGGGUGUGGCGUGUGAUGCUAUAAUCCAUGAUGUUUAUGUGUGCAUGUGUAAAUUCUGGAUCCCCAAGACCGAACAUGGUUUUAUAAGUAUUCAAGGUGUGGCCUGUGAUACUAUUGCUUGUAUAUUAUGACAGAAUACUGUACUGAAGGAGUGCGGUUGAUAUUUGCAUAUUAGAAACUUGGUGAUUGGUUUUAUGGUA